CUAGUGUAGUGUGGCCAAUCGUUUGAUCGUAUUCAUGUUCCUUUUAUGUCUUGCAAACAAGAAUUAUUGAAGAAUUAUCAAAGUACUUAGGAAAGAAGCAAUCUGUUUCUAUUUCGUAUCUAAAUUAAUCUAAAUCUAGGAAAAUGGUGUUCUUAACUGCUCAACUUUUUGUGAGAAGUCGAGGUCCUGACGAAUUUUGGCGAAAACGACAAAUAUUUAAACUUGCUGCGCAUUUUGUGGGAAGAAGAAGAAACUGUUACAGCUUAACAAUAAAAAGUGUACACAAAGCAUUGACAAAGUCUACAUUAGGAAGACAACUUAAAAAAGCAGAUAUGAAAGAGCUGUGGGAAAGUAGGGUAAAUGCUGCUGCAAUUGAACACGGUAUUACAUUUAAAACAUUGAUGGAAGGAUUGACUAGAUGUAAUAUUUUACUUAAUCGUAAAUCGCUAUCAACUUUAGCUGUCUGGGAACCACGAACGUUUAAAUGUUUAUCUGAUAUUGCUUGCGCAAAAACAAAAUUAGGAGAAAUCAAAGCAGUUAAUAACACUCCUAUGCCUAAAAGUGUUAUACCUAAAGGAUUAGUUGAUGGACAGCGUUAAUUACAGGAUUAUAACAAAAUAAAAAAAUUUGCAUUUUGUUGUAACAUUUAUUAUGUAAUUCAUGAUUAUAUGUUUAUAGGAAAUAUAUACUCUUAAAAAGGAGAACAGAA